AUGUUCCGUCGGAUAGAGAGCCAUCCCGUUUCCAGGAUAAUCAUCAUGUGGGGACCUAAGCGUCUUGCGAAUCGUGAUGAGAAGAUCCCGCAUGUCAAAGUUCUUACCGAGUCUCGUAUCAAUGAAUGUCACAUGGUGCAGGUGAAAAUCGAGGACACCAAAACCAUCCCAUCCCCUUCCGAAAUAAUGUCGCAAAGCAUUGACUUAUACGAUAGUCUGGAUGCUAGGAGAUCCCCAUGGACGUUGUCUCAAGUAUUCCAGAGCUGGCGAGCGACUAUUGUCAGCUCUCCGGAUCUGUGGUCAUCUAUCUUGCUUGAUAUGGUGGGUGAUCUCAAUGAUCCUUUGUCAUCCAUUUGCGCACAAUUUUCAUGCUUGGAAUCCAUCUUGAAAGGUCACGGAACGCACCCCUCACCAUAUGGAUUCGCAGUACCAUCGACAUUGCAGAUCAUCCCUUUCUUUCCCUCAUUUCCACCCUCACUUCCUGUAUCGAAAAUCUACUCGUUUUAUGCAAUCGUCUUUGUUCCAUGCAAGGCCUUUCCCGGGCCUACGUCUCGGAUACAUGAUGGAUUUGAUUAUGCAGGAAAUCUGCGAGUCUUCGAGGGGGAGAUGCUGCAGCCACUGGUCAUUCCCUUCAUCGCCUGGAGCCAUCUUGCCCACUUAAUGUUUCCAGUCUAUGGUACGCAGGACCUUGAUCUUCUUCUACAGGCGAAGUGUAUGAAGAGUCUCGAAAUUAACGACAUGGGAAUCAAAAUUCCAGACGGCCACGAAACCAUCUCCCUGCCCCAUCUCACUUGCAUGACACUCAGGAGAAACAGCGCGAUUCUAUCUUCACUUUCCAUUCCAAACCUCACUGUCAUAAUCCUUGUUUACAAGAGAACACCCCCGGUGCAGACCGAUUUUGGCGUUGCUCCCAUAACCAUUCCGUUCCUCUCCCGUCAUUUCCGCAUGGUCCUGGUCCUAUUUCUUCUGCUACAGCUAUCAUCGGUAUUGUUCCCUGAUAGUCCUAGCGAUAUCGGACAGGAUCUUCAUGUAACAUUUUCAAUCAAAAUCUAUCUUCCUUUUGUCGCUUUCCACGAAAGUGCUACCUUCCUUUCCUUAUCUUGCGACACACUACAUGCAGAUGAUGCGAGCAAAUCCUCCUCUCAAAUCUGUGUGAAAACUUUGGAUAGAGCUCAUUCGUGUAUGAGCGAACCUCGUCCUUCUUGGCUUUUCUGGGAACCGCUCUCAGACCUUGCGCGCAUGUCGAUGAGUAUCUUCCCUCCAGAUCGACCGCCUGCGAAGGGAUACAUAUUCAUCUCCGCCUCUGCGACAUUUGUAUCACCCAAUUUUUUACCGUACGGCGCUUUGCCGUCAAUUGAUACAUCACAACCGCCCGGAGCGCGUCGUAGGAAUGAUUUUGUGGCGAAGCUUACGAAGAGAAAGGGGCUCAGGAUGGAUAUUAAAGUUUUCCAAGAACUGCCCAAAGUAUAUUCCUCUCCAAGAGCUCGUGCCAUACCAAGGUUCCCCAACAAUGAUUAUGGCAAGCGCCAUCCUCAGGACGAAGAAGAGCUUCUCGAUUCCAUCACCUCCUACGUACAAUCCUGCGACAGAACCUUCUUUGGCACCACUGGACAAUCUGGGUUCAUUCACAUCUCGCCUGCGGCCAAGCAUACCCUCGUUCUUCCCGAAACCGUAUCAUGA